ACGACGGGACAAAAAGAAAAGAAAGAGCCUAAGACAACCAAAGCCACACAAACACAGUUGGAAACAUGAACUACAACGGGGCCAAGGGUUUGGAGUUCGGAAAUGGGAACAUCGCGCUCGACCCGGCUGUGCUUGCAGGUAUUUGGUAUUUAAGUGGAAGUUUUGGGUGUUUGUCUCUGCCAGAUGCUGACUUCGAACAUGUUUACAGAGCUUCCUCGAGGAUGUACAGUCUUGUCAACCGAAGCUCACGGUGUCAGCUUUUGGGCCAACACGGGGCGAAUCGAUGUCGAGUUGGAGGAUGGGACGCCUCAGUCUUACUUCAUCAAGGUCAUCUCGGGAGACACGGGAAAGUAUAUGAUGCAUUCCGAAUUUGAGUCAAUGAGAGCGAUUCACGGCAUCGUACCCGACUUCGCUCCACGGCCCAUUGCCUGGGGGACCUACAAGUCAAUUCCCGACACCCACUUCUUCCUUUGCGAGUUCCGCCACUUCGGUGACGAGAUGCCCGAUCCCGAGGACUUUACUGCUCGAUUAGCCAAGCUGCAUCAGAACAGCCAGUCACCGAACGGCAUGUUCGGAUUCCACAUUACCACGUAUGCCGGUAACCUUCCCCAAAUGAUUGAGUGGGACAGCAGCUGGGAAAGUUUCUUUUCCAAGAGCCUCCGCCAGGCCCUUGACCUGGAGAUCAGAGCAAAGGGAACCGAUCCGGAGCUUGAUGGUCUGCUCCCUAUCCUCUUUGACAGGGUUAUUCCACGCCUCCUCCGGCCGCUCGAGACCAACGGACGGUCUAUCAAACCCGCGCUUGUGCAUGGCGACCUGUGGUAUGCCAACUCGGGACUCGACGUGGAAACAGGUGAGAGUAUCGUUUUCGAUGCCUGCUGUUUCUACGCCCACAACGAAUACGAAUUCGGCCAGUGGAGGCCAGCUUGCAACCGGUUUGAUGAGACGUACCUGACUGCUUACCAAAAACAUGUUGGGAAGUCAGCCCCCGUGGAAGAUUAUGACGGGCGAGUUGACCUGUACAAGUUGUAAGUUCUGCGCGCGGUUCCUCUUAUUCCCUAUAGCCUGGCGUAUUCAGGACAAAACAACGGUAACCAUGAUGUCCAGGAGAUUCAA